AUGGGAGAACAUUUUCUGAAUUCCUGGGUCAAGAGAGAUUUAUCUGUGGCAUCAGUCUGUUGCAAUGGCAGCAUCUUUGGUAAUGAAGAACUCCGACUGCAGUCUUUCAAAUACUGGAGACCGUCGUCCCCAGUGGGAGCAGCAGCUCUGGUCAAAGCAGGUCUUUUCUACACAGGUAAAUCGGACAUUGUCCAGUGUUUUUCCUGUAGAGGGUAUUUGCAUGAGUGGGAGGAAGGUGAUGACCCAUUAGAAGAACACGCCAAAUUUUUUCCCAAUUGUCAGUUUCUCCAGAGUGUGAAGUCCUCUGCAGAAGUGAUUCCAGACCUUCAGAGCCAUGAUGAACUUUCUGAGUUAACGGGAAGUACCAGCGAAAGCCAUCUUGAAGAGUCAACAACAGUUGGUUCUGUAGUGCCAGAGGUGGCCCAGGGUGAAGCCCAGUGGUUUCAGGAGGCAGAGAACCUGAGUGAGCGCCUGAGAAAAGUCUAUACCAGUGCUCCUUUCUGCCACAUGUCUUUGCUUAAGAUCUCUUCCUGUCUAGCCACGGACCAGUGGCUGGAUUGUGAUCUGUCCUUUGCUUUAAAAUCCAUCACCAAUCCUGUGCAAGAGCCUGUGGUGUUGCCUGAAGUCUUUGCUAACUUGAACUCUGUCAUGAGUGUGGAGGGUGAAGCUGGGAGUGGAGAGACCAUCCUCCUGAAGAAAACAGCUCUUCUGUGGGCAUCAGGAUGCUACCCCUUGUUAAACAGGUUCCGGCUGGUCUUCUAUCUCUCUCUUGGCUCUACCAGACCAGAGCAGGGGCUGGCCAGUGUCAUUCAUGACCAACUGUUAGAGACAAAUGUAUCUGUUACUGAAAUGGGCCUGAGGAACAUCAUCCAGCAGUUAAAAAACCAGGUGUUAUUCCUUUUGGAUGACUACAAAGAAAUGUGCUCAGUCCCCCAAGUCAUAGCAAGGAUGAUUCAAAAAAAACAUUUGUCAAGGACCUGCUUGUUGAUCACUGUCCAUACAAAUAGGGCCAAGAACAUCCGCCGAUACCUAGACACAAUCAUAGAGAUUAAGGCGUUUCCUUUCUAUAAUACAAUUUCUGUACUACAGAAGCUCUUUCCAGGCAAUUUGACCUGUCUGCGAAAGUUGAUGGUUGACUUCAGAAUGAGUCAAACUUGGCAGGCAGUUCAGAAAACACCCUUGUUUGUGUCAGCGGUCUGUGCUAGUUGGCUUCAGAAUCGUUUUCAUCGAUCCUUUGAUAGUGUGGCUGUUUUCAAGUCCUAUAUGGAAUGCCUUUUCUUAAAGCACAAAACUGCAGCUGACCUACUCAAAGCAACUCUGUCCUCCUGUGGUGAACUAGCCUUAAAAGGCUUUUUUGCAUCUUGCUUUGAGUUUAGUGAUGAGGACCUCAGAGAAGCAGGGAUUGGUGAAGAGGAAGAUCUAGCCAUGUACCUGAUGAGCAAAUUUACAGCCCAGAGACUGAGGCCAGUCUAUCAGUUUUUAAAUCCUGCAUUUCAAGAAUUCCUUGCUGGAAUGAGGCUGACCGAACUCCUGGAUUCAGAUAGGCAAGAAGACCAAGAUUUGGGACUUCAUUAUUUGAAACAAAUCAACUCAACCUUGAUGGCUAUCUGUCCCUAUGCCAAUUUUUUGAACUGUGUCUCCUGCCAUCCUUCAACAAAGGCAGGGCCAAAAAUUGUAUCCCAUUUGCUUCUUUUGGUGGAUAAUAAAGAGACACUGGAGAAUAUAUCUGAAAAUGAUGCCUACCUGAAGCAUCAUCCAGAAAUUUCUGAGGUGAUGCAGUGUUUCAGGUUGGUGUGGCAAUUUUCUCCACAAAAUUACCUUUCACUGGCUUCAAAACAUUUGCUAGCUCUGGCUGUGAAAAUUGCGUAUCAAAGCAACACUGUUGCUGCAUGUUCUCCUUUCAUUUUGCAAUUCCUUCAUGGGAGAACCCUGUGUUUUGAUGUGCUUAAGUUACAGUAUUUUUUUGACCACCCAGAAAGCCUGUUCUUGUUGAGGAGCAUCCAGGUCUCCAUAAGUGGAAAUAGGUCGUCGUUCGUAACAGAUUUGCCUAUGGAAAGAAUUUUCGACAAAUCACAGGCACCAACUAUAGAUCAGGACUAUGCUUCUGCCUUUGAACUUGAGAGUGAAUGGAAGCAGAGUUUAGUUGAAAAACAGGAAAACAUUAAACAUUUUCAGAACAUUCGACUCAGUGCACCACCAGCCACGAGCACUGGCUAUUGGAACCUUCCUUCAAAGCAGUACAAGAUUCCCCUUCUGGAAGUUCAUGUGAUUAAUACCAAUGCUGUGGAUCAGGAGAUGCUAAGGUUUCUAACAGAGGUUUUCUCAGCUGCACAGCACAUUGAACUCCACUUGAACCACAGCAGGGGUUUUAUUGGAAACAUCCACCCAGCUCUUGAGCAGCACAAGGCCUCUUUCACAAAGUGCUGCAUAAGCCAGUGUGAGCUGAGCAUAGCAGAGCAGGAAUUGCUUCUCACUCUGACUUCCCUAGAAUCUCUUGAAGUCUCAGAGACAACCCACCGACAAGAUCGCCUCUUUCUUAGUUUGGACAAAUUCUUGUGCCUGAAGGAACUGUCUGUGAAUCUGCAACAAGAUGUUUUUUCAGUCAUUUCUGAAGAAUUCCUAAAUCUCCACCAUAUGGAGAAAUUAUUGAUCCAAAUUUCAUCUACAUGCAGUCCUUCCAAACUAGUCAGAUUAGUUCAGAAUUCUCCAAACCUUCAAGCUUUCCAUCUGGAAUGUAAUAGCUUUUCGGAUUUUGAAUCUCUUGUGACUGCACUUGCUUCCCGCAAGAAACUUAAAGAAAUUAAGUUUUCUGGACAAUGUUUUGAAGCCAACCCAUUUGUCAUUGUUUUGCCAAAUUUUAUUUCUCUGAAGAUAUUAAACCUUGGGCUCCAAUAUAUUCCAGAUAAGGAAACAGCUGAAAAAUUUGCCUAUGCUUUAGGUUCUUUAAAUAACCUGGAAGAACUGAUCCUUCCCACUGGGGAUGGGAUUCAUCAAAUGGCCAAACUGAUUGUCCAGCAGUAUCAGCAUCUUCAGUGUCUCCAAGUUCUCCAGUUUUUCCAGACUUUGGAUGAUGACAGCGUGGUGGAAAUUGCCAAGGUAGCAAUCAAUGGAGGUUUCCAGAAACUCAAGCAUCUUAACUUUUCAGCCAACCACAAGAUUACAGAGGAAGGAUACAGAAACUUCUUUCAAACUCUGGACAACCUGCCCAACUUGCAAGAGUUAAUUAUUUCCAGGCAUUUCAAAGAAUGUAUCAAAGUUCAGGCCACAACAGUCAAGUCUUUGAGUCAAUGUGUGUUAAGGCUGCCAAGCCUCAUGAAACUUAGCAUGUUAAGUUGGCUCCUGGAUGCAGAAGACAUCAUGCUGCUUACUGCCACAAUAAAAAAGCACCCUCAGUCUAAACAUUUCACCCUUUACUGGAAAUGGAUACUGCCAUUCUCUCCAAUCAUUCAGGAACAUAUUAGCUAA